UUGGCUACAUUGUGAGGUCACAGAGCAGUGUUAUUUGAAUAGCCUCACCUCCACAACAUGUGUAAUUGUUGCAGUGAACUGAGGUACUUCAACUCUAAAUGUGUUACUAUUUUUGUUGUAGUUUGCCAUUAACCAACAAAAAUAUUAAGAUGUCAAGAAAGGUACCCAGAUGUUGUUGUGUUCCUGUUUGUGGAAAAACUGCAUCUCUGCAUAGCCUUCUUAAGGAUCCCAAUGUUAGGAAUGAGUGGAUUAUUUAGUUCCUGAACGCAUUAAUGUGGGACCAUAUGUUUUGUUAUGUACAUUUCUCUGGGGGAUUCUUUUAAGAACUAUUAUGGUUCAGAGUUUGCAAAGAAAUUUUGAUUGAAAGAUGCAGCAGUGCCUACUAGGAUUGUGUCAAUGCAAUCAAAUAUCGAUAUAUCACCAUUAGGGUUGGGAACCGAGAACUGGUUCCAUUCUUUACAAAAUACCAUAAUCGUAUGAUCUACAUGACUUUCAUUCCUGCAUGAAUUUUCGAUGUGAUGUGGAUGGAAUACCAUUCUAAAAUACUCUUGACAGUGUUUCCUGCAGCACAUUUCAGCAGCAGCGCUGCCCUCUACAUGGUCCACAGCGUAAAACACACAAAUGAAUGUCUCUUAUGAGGCGGCUCUGUUAAAUUUACUUUGCAAAACAUACAACACUUCCGGUAUAGUCUGAUUCCCAAAAGAAGGACUUGUAUGAGCCGGUUCCUCUUAAUCUACAGUACAAAACAUACAGCGCUUAAGGUAUAUUCCGGUAUAGUAUUAAUCUUACACUGAUUGCAAAUCAUGAAUGUCCAACUCGAAAUUAAAUAAGAACUGUAGAAGUCUUACAAUCUUGAAGUACAACAUUAAACAACAGAACAGUCUAAACUGUCUCUGGAACUGUUAAAGUAAUGUCAUGUUACUUUAGACCUCUGAGACUUUAAUCAAGCAGUGCAGUUACUGGAUGUUCAUAGGACAAUGUUUAAUUAAAGAUACACAAGUUUUGGAAUACAAGGAAUUUUAUUUAAAAAAUGAAUGAAAUAUGCCAUCACCUUUUUUUUUUUUUUUUUGCCUAGUUAGGAUAAAUUGUUGGAUUUGUUUUAUGUCUUUAAAAAGUCAGCAAACACAACUUUUACAAUAUAUACAUGCAAUAUAUGCAAUUUCAAGACAACAUAUUUAUUGAUUGAAUACAUUAGAUUUCUAUAUAAAAAUAAAAUAAAAUGUGAUAAAAAUGAUAAAAAACCAAUGAUAAAAUAAACCUUUUUUAAUAUUUAAAAUUAAUAUUUUCAUAAUUUACCAAGUUACAAGGUCCCCUGUGUAAUUAAUAACAGCAUUAGCUGAAAGAUAAUUUAUUUCAUACUUUAUAUAACCAAAAUGGACAUUAUAACUGAAAUAUACCCAAAUCAAUUGGAAUCGAAAGCUUAUGAAUUGGGAUCGAAUCAUGAUAUUGUGAUGUAUCGUGAUAUAUCAAAUGACAUAUGCAUCGUGAUGUAUAUCGCAAUGCGUAUCGUAUUGUUAGGUGGCUGGCGAUACCCAGCCCUAGUGCCUAUAUAACUAUAUUGGAUACGACAGUAAUGCAAGUGAGUGAAAAAAUGAAUACUACAUUUUCUGUUUGUGUUUGUUUGACAUGUAAAGAAUUGAAUUGUAAGCCAUUUUUAUCACAAAAUAAACCAUGAUCUGGACUCCAACGUGGAGCAGAUUGUGCUUAUUACACAGUUACACCAAAGAAAUAAAUAAUUUCUCACGAAAUAUUGAUGUGAUAAAUUAUUUUAUUAUGUAAGAAUGUGGAGUGCAAUGAAAGACAGUGGUGAAGUACAAGCUAGUGGCUGCCAUCUCAUCUGCCUUGUAUUAGCCAGGAUGUCCCAUAUUUUAGCUGAAAUUAAUGCAUUGGGAUGCCCAUUAUCCCGUAUUUAAGCAACGAAACAGUCAAGGGCGAUCCCCUCCCCUGGUCAACCAGCAAGUAUUCUGUAUUUCCCAUUACACAGGAUGCGAAUUGAAGCGGCCACACUACAGAGGCGAACACCCGGGUAGACUGUCCAUUACAGCUGGGUACAGAUUUAUUAACCCUUCAUUCUCAGCUUGUAUUAGUCUGGACUAUUUUCACUCAGCUUUAUAAAGCAUUAUUGUAUCACCAUGUCUUGGAUGCCUAAUAAUAUAAGUAUUCAGGAGCAACAGUAUGCCGACUUUGUUCAGUUUCAGUUGUUAUUUCAGUUGGAACCAGGGUCAGAAAUUAACUUUUUCAUUAGGGGGCAAUAUUUUAAUUGGUUUCUAGAGGCAUUUUUUGCCUUUGUAAGGGCAAUUCUUUUUCUAAAUUAUAAAAUUACUUUCUCAUUUCAUUUUAUACCAAAUAAGUGAGAUUGGCCAAUGAGCAGGGAAGUAUAGUACAGUGAGACAGUGUUCCUCCCUAGAACAGUUUAUUUUGAAUGAGAGGAACGAACGGUUGUGCAUUUUAGCACAGGAGCAUGUCAACGAACACAUGCGGAGUGACAGAAGCGGAGUUCCCGUCUGUACGCGACUAUGGUACAAUGAUCUGCCACUCAGUAAUACAGGAUCUGUACAAUGGAUGGCACACUAUCAAAUAAUGUUCAUUGAAAAUUCAAAUAAAGAUUGCGAUUUAUGUAUUUGUAACUAUAUCAGAUGUUAUUAAUGAAAUAACAGGAACUUGUUGCAGGGGCAUUUUUUGCUCCCUUUUUUUGAAUUUCGAGUGCAUUUUUGUCAGUUUCUGUGGCAUUUUUCCCCUGAGCCCCUGUUAAUUUUCAACCCUGGUCUGAACAACUGUCCUUGUUUGAUUUCGUGCUGCACAUAAAUUGGGACAUAUAGCUAUUAAUGAUUGCCUGGACUGAGUGCUUUCACAGGAUUUUGUAAAUCUCUUGCACAUUUUCAUUCUUUUAUUCUUAAAAAAAAAAAGAAAGAAAAAAACAGUUCCGUGGGUGUUGUUUGCACUUCAAAGAUGUUAGCCAAUCAUAACACAGGAUCCUUAAAGGGGACAGCACAGAAAACAGAGUGUUUCAGACAGGGGGCCAGAGACAGUGUGGAAAAAGCAGGGCCUGCUAAAACCCCACUGGAGAGAAUGAAAGACUGCAUGAAAAGCACGUUCUCGGUCAAUGUCAUGGAGUAUGUGAAGGAGUACAUCAGGCGAAAUGGACUUCUGACUCUCUCAGUGCUGGCUGUGAUCACAGGAUGCAUCCUGGGCUUCAUGCUGAGGGGUCUGGCCCUCUCCACACAGGCAAAAAUCUAUUUCUCCUUCCCUGGAGAGCUGCUUAUGCGAAUACUUAAAAUGCUGAUUCUUCCUCUAAUCACCUCCAGUUUGAUGUCUGGACUGUCGUCUAUGGAGUCAAAGGCCUGCUGCAGGAUGGGGUUGCUGACGGUAACCUAUUACCUUUGGACCACGUUCAUUGCCGUAGUGGUCGGCAUUAUACUUGUUCUGAUCAUCAAACCUGGCUAUGGAACAGACAUGGAGAGCCAUAGGCUGGGGGGUGGACAGGUCAUGACAUCUGCAGAUGCACUGCUAGAUCUGGUCAGAAAUAUGAUCCCCUCCAAUCUCAUUGAAGCCACAUUUCAGCAGUAUAAGACAGACCUUAUUCCCAUUUUAAAACCUCCAGUGAUCACGGAACGCCCAAACGUUGUGUACCUGAUGCCUGAUGAAGACAAUCCAAAGGGUCGAACUGUGCUUUUGGAGCUCACGCCACCUCCAGAUAUCGAGUAUAAGACUCGUCCGGGUAGCAGCCAACAGAUGAACGUACUUGGCAUUGUUAUUUUCUCAGCUACGAUGGGUCUCUUACUUGGUAAAAUGGGUGAACGGGGGGCUCCCCUAGUAAAUGUUUGCCAGUGCAUCAAUGAGUGUGUGAUGAAGAUCAUUAAUGCAGCUGUAUGGUAUUUUCCUUUUGGGAUCAUCUUUCUUGUGGCCGGGAAAAUCCUGGACAUGAGUGAUCCGUCCACACUUGGGAAGAAGCUGGGCUGGUACGGGAUAACGGUCCUGGCAGGCUUGUUUGUGCAUGGCCUCAUUUUGCUCCCCUUCUUUUAUUUCAUUCUGACACGGAAAAAUCCUUUCACAUACAUCAGAGGGCUUCUGCAAGCCAUGGUCAUUGCCCUGGCCACAUCGUCCAGUUCAGCAACACUGCCCAUUACAAUGAAAUGUUUGCUGGAGAACUGCCACGUGGACAGGCAGAUUGCCCGGUUUGUGCUGCCGGUUGGAGCCACCAUUAACAUGGAUGGAACAGCCCUUUAUGAAGCAGUGGCUGCUAUUUUUAUCGCCCAGGUCAAUGAGUAUGAGCUGGAUUUUGGACAGUUGGUCACCAUCAGUAUAACAGCAACCGCUGCCAGCAUAGGUGCUGCAGGAAUCCCUCAGGCAGGUCUUGUAACCAUGGUGAUAGUAUUGACAUCUGUAGGACUGCCACCAGAUGACAUCACACUGAUUGUGGCCAUUGAUUGGAUUCUAGAUCGAUUUAGAACAAUGAUCAACGUACUAGGAGAUGCUCUGGCAGCUGGAAUCAUCGGCCACUUGUGUCGAAAAGACUUCCCACCUGACAGAGAAGCCAAAGCGAAUGGAGCUUCACAGGACACUCAGACUGCUCGUAAUUUGGAGAAUGUGCCUUUAACUGAAGUACCACUGUUGGCCAGCAAAGACUGCAUAUUCGAGGUGGUUGGGGACACGGUUUUUGAACGACCCACAGUCUACUACAAUAUAUGUCAAGUCUGAGUCAUCAGACAGUGGCCUUAAAGAUAUUCAUGCCAUUCUUUUGGAGCUACAUUUCUACUAUUGUGCCAUUAAGUACUGAAUGAACAAUUUGGUUGAUCAAUCGUCAGGCUUUUGAUUAUAUUGACUAAUAUUGGCUGUUAUGUACAGCUGAUUACAUUUAUUCUAUUCCCUCUACAAGGGACAUACUACAAGUAGUGCCCACUUGUGUAGACUCUUCUGCUGGAAUUCCACAAGUGAAUGCAUGCUGCCAUUCAUUUAGGAAUUUUGUUAUUCAGUGAUUGUACAGACUAGUAAAGUCAGAACACACACCUGAUUACAUCACCUGAACGGAACAGUAUCUUAAAGGGGGAGGGAAAUGUUUACUGAGAGACGGUUGAAAAUGCACAUUUUCCAAAGCUUUCCAAAAAAUUGUGUGCAAUAAAA